AUGCCUGAUGAUAAAUAUGCAGUCUCAUUUAAUGCUGGCGUAGAUUUCUAUAAGAAGGGCCAGAUUUAUCAAUCAUUGCAGUGCUUUGCCGAUAUUAUCAAUGAAGGUAAAACACUUUCACAGGAACCAACAGAAGAGUUUGUCAGAUACUUUGCAAACACUGUAAACUAUAUCAGAAUUAUUUCUCUUUCAAUUCAAUCCCCUCUUGAAAAGAAAAUUUCUGCAAUUGAGGAUGAAUUCGAAAUCAACACAAAGAAGAUCAAAGAAUUCGGAGAUCAGCAAAAGAAUUCAAAAACACUUCGUGAGCUAUGUGUUGAAACAGCUAACUACAUUUCACCUCUAAUCGAUGAUCUUUCCAUUGACUUUACUGACGAAAAGGAAACAACAUCCACUUACAAGAUUAUAACUGCAGUUGCAGUCAGUGUGUCUAUUUGUGCUGCUGCUUACUUCUUAUUCCGCAAAAAGAAAUUACCAGAAAUCAAGACAGCAAAGAAGUAA